AUGCCAAAAAUGUGGGAUUUAUUAAGAAAAUCAAAAUAUUAUUUAAUAAAUGUCCAUCCACUUGGACAAUUUCCCUUUCCAAAUAUUCCAAAAAGAAUUGUUAAUAUUGGAGGGAUUGAAGUAGAAAUUGAAGGAAUUUUGAAUGAAAUUGAGGAAGAAAAGAGAUUGAAAGAAAAAGAGAAAAAUAAGUGGUUAACCGGCUUUUUAAAAAAUAAAGUAAAGGAACAUUUCUUUGAAGACCCUGUAUUUGAGUGGAUUAAAAAGGUAUUUAAUAAUUUUGUUAUGUCCAGGGUUUUCCCAAGAUUUUCUAAUUUCAACGAACUCAAGAAUAAUACUUUAUCAAAAUUAGAAAAUACAAUAUAG